AGCCGUCCCCGAGCCGCGCACACGUCCGUCCCCGAGCUGCCCCGGUGGCCAUGGAGCUCUUUGAGACCAAUCCUUACUUUUUCCCGGACCAGAGGUUUUACGAUGGGGAAAACUUCCUGGGCUCCCGCUUACAGGGCUACGAGGCGGCGGCAUUCCCGGAGCGACCGGACGUGUCCCUGUGCCCGGAGGCAAGGGUGGCUUUGGAGGAGAAGGACUCAGCCCUACCUGAGCAUUGCCCCGGGCAAUGCCUGCCCUGGGCCUGCAAGGUUUGCAAGAGGAAGACGGUGUCCAUGGACCGGCGGCGGGCAGCCACGCUGCGGGAGAAGCGCAGGUUGAAGAAGGUGAACGAAGCCUUCGAGGCGCUGAAGCGCAGCACCCUGCUGAACCCCAACCAGCGCCUGCCCAAGGUGGAGAUCCUGCGCAGCGCCAUCCAGUACAUCGAGCGCCUGCAGAGCCUGCUCAGCACCCUCAACCAGCAGGAGCGGGAGCAGAGGGAUCUGCGCUUCCACCCCGCCGCUGCGCAGCCUGGGGCGGGCAGCGAGUGUGGGUCCGGCAGCUCGUCCUGCAGCCCCGAGUGGAGCAGCCAGCUGGAGUUCAGCACCAACCCCGCAGAUCACCUCCUGGCUGAUGACACGGCAGAGGACCGCAACCUCCACUCCCUCUCCUCCAUUGUGGAGAGCAUCGCCGUGGAGGACGUGGCCGUGACGUUCCAGGAGGAGCAGGUCCAAAACUGAGCUGUCACCAACCCUGGCGGCUCUUCGAGCUGGUAAUGGGGUGGGAAUAAGAUGCCAGAAGGUUCCAGCCAUUGGAAAACCCAUUUACCCCUUUGGCAUCAUGGACUGCACCACUGAGACCACUCAACUUCUUUCCCAUUCCCGCUGAAACGCUCCUGCUCGGCCAGCUGAGAAAAUAAGAGGCAGAGGUGGGAUAUGGGCAGUGCCAUGGCCCCGGGUCGCACAAGGGACCCAUCCAGGGCCAGUGGGUUUUGGGGGCCAACACGUGUGCUGGGUUCGCUUGCUGAUUUCCUUCCAAGAUGCUCUUCGACCAACGUCUCUCUGGGGCUGGUGUCUCUUUGGGCUCAGCACCACGGUGGCUUUUCUAGCAGCGCUGUGUGGAGUUGCCAUUUCUUGUUUUGGGUUUUUUUUUUAAGGAUUAUUUUUGCUAACUUAUUUGGAUUUUCUUUUUUUUUUUUUUUUUAAAUAAAGGCAUUCUUGUUUGAGUGCUCGGGGCUUCGUGCACGGCAGCGCUGCAGCCUGCACCCAGUGCUGCGCUCACCUCUGGAAGCAACGACACAAAAGAGAUGUGGAGCUGUUGGAGCGAGGGCAGAGGAGGCCAUGGAGAUGCUGCGAGGGCUGGAGCAGCUCUGCUCUGGAGCCAGGCUGAGAGAGCUGGGCUGGGUCAGCCUGGAGAAGAGAAGGCUCCUGAAGGGGAGACCUGAGAGCAGCUCCAGUGCCUGAAGGGGCUGCAGGAAAGCUGGAGAGGGGCUUGGGACAAGGGAUGUAGGGACAGGCCAAGGGGAAUGGCUUGAACCUGCCCGAGGGGAGACUGAGAUGAGCUCUUAGGCAGAAGCUCUUCCCUGUGAGGGUGCUGAGGCGCUGGCACAGGGUGCCCAGAGAAGCUGUGGCUGCCCCAUCCCUGGCAGUGUUCAAGGCCAGGUUGGACACAGGGGCUUGGAGCAAGCUGCUCUAGUGGAAGGUGUCCCUGCCUGUGGCAGGGGUUGGAGCUGGAGGAGCUUUA